AUGGGAUGGGGUUCUGGUGCGGGCAAGGGCAAGAUCCUUGCCCCCGCUGCCGGCGACCUGGUUCACGUCAGCGCCCACAACCCGUUUGACGGCAAGAUGGUGCUUACCGACAUCUCGGGCCUCGCACACAGGGCGUCGAAGAAGCAGCCGAAGCAGGUGGCGCAGGAGGGAAUCUCGCAGCGUCAGCAGCAGUAUGUGAUGCAGCACCUCCAGGGCAUCUAUGCUUUGGGUGGCAAAGUGUGUCUCGUCCUUGAUGGCCGUGCGUACCCGCCAAAGAAGAAGGAGCGCGAGAGGCGGCGCGGGACAAGCCAGCAGGCAGUCGAUGAGGCGCUGGCAAAGGAGGCGAGGAACGAGGACGCCUCCAAGGAGUGGAAGGCUGCUGCACGCCCCGCCGAGCCACUCUGGGCGUGGCUGAUGCAGGAGUGCAUCGACAAGGACAUGCCCUUCAUCGUUGCACCGUACGAGGCAGACGAGCAGCUCGUGUCCCUGCAGUGGGAGCUGGGGGUGGACCAGGCGGUGAUUUGGGCCGCCUCAGAGGACAGCGACCUCGCUGCCUUUGGCGCCCUGGAGGUGAUUUACGACUGGAACAUCAUGUCGCAAACGUACCGCUCCUCCCGGCUGAUGGAGCAGGUGGUGGGCAAGCAGGUAGACAGCAAGUUCUCCUUUGUCGGCUGGAACUACGACCGCUUCCUUGCUCUCGUCAUUGCCUCCGGCCACGACUACUUCAAGCACAAGAAGGCGGAAGGCAAGCAGGGAUGGGGACUUGUGACCGUCUAA